UUUCUGUUCUUUUUCUGACCAUUUAACUGUGGUUUUUUUUUUUUCUUAAAACUUAAUUCGUUUGAUUGUAAAAAGGAGAAGAGUGAGAGAUGACGAGCAGAGUAGAUGUGAAAGGAAUGCCAGGGUUUAGAUUUCUGCCAACAAAUGAAGAACUCAUCGAACACUUCUUAAAGCUGAAGUUGCUUGGCUAUGAUGACCAAGUCUCUGCUGCCAUCGCCGAGAUAGAUAUCAACAAAUAUGAGCCUUGGCAACUACCUCAAUUUGCAGCCACAGAAUCAGAUAAUGAUACAUGGUACUUCUUUACUCGCCCCGAUUACAUAUUCGCAAACAGCAGACGCGCAAACAGGAAAACCAUUGGUGGGUAUUGGAAAAUUACAGGGAAGGAACGGAAAAUUCUGGGUAAAGAUAAGAAUGAGAUAGCUACCAAGAAAAGUCUGGUGUACUAUGAAGGCCGUGCGCCUAAUGGAGUGAAGACCAAUUGGGUCAUUCACGAAUAUCAUUCCAGCAUCACAUACUCUCUGGAGAGAGAUUUUGUCCUCUGUCGUUUGAAGAAAAACCAGGAUGAAGAAGACAAUGUCAACCUUGAAGAAGGCCAAUCCCAAUCCCAAUCCCAACCGAGUCAGAAAGAAAAUCCAAAGAAAAGUAAUUUCUUUCACGAGGGAUUUCAAUCACAGUGUGGCUUCAAUGGUGAGCAGGAUUUGGAGUGUCCGUCUGCGCAAGAGCUGGAGAAGUACAUGUGGAAGGAGAGGAAGGAAGGGCUUUCUCCUUCUUCUUCUUCUGGAAAACUUCAUACUGAUUUUUGCAGUAAUAAUGAUUGUAUAUAUAAGUUAGAGACGAUGUCUGACGAGCACUUGGACUGUGGAGGAGCUGAGUACGAAGGGAAGCUGACAGAGUUUGCAAAUUCACUUUUUGUCUGACUCUGACCAAAGUUGUCAACUGAAGUAUUUGUGUCAUGUACAUAUAAUCUACUGCAAUAUCUUUUGCUAGUUGGAAUGUCUGGCUGAAUGUGUUGUU